CCGCCAUAUUGGUAAAGGUACGGUAUUGGGGUGGAGGGAGAUCGGAACUUCCUGUUCUCGCGGGAGCUAGAGGCGUGACUGCCACGUCCGUGCAAACCGGGAAAGGAGAGGACCCCGGAGCCGCGUGAUGGCCAGCGGCCUGCGGGCCCCACACUGGGUGGCAGUGGGACUGCUGACCUGGGAAGCCUUAGGGCUGCUGGUGGCCGGACACGGGGCUCAUGGUGACUCGCAUAAGGACGUGCAAGAGGACUUCCCUGGCCACAGCCACAGGCACUCACAUGAGGAUUUCCACCAUGGACACAGCCAUGCCCAUGGCCAUGGCCACACUCACGAGAGCAUCUGGCAUGGGCACACCUACGGUCACGACCAUGAACAUUCACAUGAGGACCUGCACCAUGGCCAUGGCCGUGGCCAUUCCCAUGAGAGCCUCCACCAAAGAGGACAUGGACAUGACCACGAACAUAGCCAUGAACACAGCCAUGGAGGCUUCAGGGAGCCUGGGUCCCUAGGCAUCAAGCAUGACCUGGACACUGUCACUCUCUGGGCCUAUGCACUGGGGGCCACAGUGCUCAUCUCUGCAGCUCCAUUUUUCGUCCUCUUCCUCAUCCCAGUAGAGUCAAACUCCCCCCGACAUCGCUCUCUGCUGCAGAUCUUGCUCAGUUUUGCUUCUGGGGGGCUCCUGGGAGAUGCCUUCCUACACCUCAUCCCUCAUGCCCUGGAACCUCAUUCUCACCACACUCUGGAGCAGCCCGGACAUGGACAUUCACACAGUGGCCAGGGCCCCAUUCUGUCUGUGGGGCUGUGGGUUCUCAGUGGAAUUGUCGCCUUCCUGGUAGUGGAGAAAUCUGUGAGACAUGUGAAAGGAGGACACGGACACGGUCAUGGACACGGACACGGUCAUACUCACAAAAGUCACGGACAUGAACACCAGGAGCAACCUUCAAAGGAGAAGCCCAGCUCCGAGGAGGAAGAAAAGGAAGCAGGAGGAUUGCGGAAGAGGAGAGGAGGGAGCACCAGGCCCAAAGAUGGCCCAGUGAGACCUCAGAGCCCCGAAGAAGAAAAAACAGGUUCAGACCUGCGUGUGUCUGGGUACCUGAACCUGGCUGCUGACUUUGCACACAACUUCACCGACGGCCUGGCCAUUGGUGCGUCCUUCCGUGGGGGCCGAGGGCUGGGCAUCCUGACCACAAUGACUGUCCUGCUACAUGAAGUGCCCCAUGAGGUUGGGGACUUUGCCAUCUUGGUCCGCUCUGGCUACAGCAAAAAGCAGGCAAUGCGUCUACAGCUCCUGACUGCAGUAGGGGCAUUGGCAGGCGCGGCCUGUGCCCUCCUCACUGAAGGCGGGACAGUGGGCAGUGCAAGUGCAGGUGGUGCUGGUCCCGGCUGGGUUCUGCCGUUCACUGCCGGUGGUUUUAUCUACGUUGCAACCGUGUCCGUGUUGCCUGAGCUGUUGAGGGAGGCGUCACCUUUGCAGUCACUUCUGGAGGUGCUGGGGCUGCUGGGGGGAGUCCUCAUGAUGGUGCUGAUUGCCCACCUCGAGUGAGGGGUGGGAUGGCGGCCCUACCCCUGCUCCAGACCUCUCCCCUGACUCCAGGGCAGGGGUCUCUCGGGGGCGCUGGAAGGCCUGGGCAGAACAUCUGCCAAAGUAAGCUGUUGAAACCUAGGAGAGUGGUGACUUGGGGAUCAGAGGGGCUGUGGAGGGGAGAGAGAGGCCAGAGGGACCAGAGUUGGGCACUGCCUGACCAAUUGAUAGCUUGGGGGAUAAAGGAGGCCUCAGAGAAGGCUGAAAGGGAAAGAGGUGACAACAGCCCGGCUGCCCUGGCCCCACUUGUUUUCAGAGGACCAGGCUGCCACAUGCUGGGUUCUCUAAGGUGCACCUCCCUCUCCCACCGCUGGUGGAGGCGUCAGGGAAGACCAGAGCACUGGACCGAGGGGCUAGCAGGAGGUGACCGGAGUAAACAUCAAUCGUGCGUCCUGAUUUGGGGGUGAUUUGGAGUAGGGGUGGGAGAGGGUUAGUUGGUAAUCUCCUA